UUCAGUUUUCCCUCUCCUCCUCCCCCUCCUGCUCUCUCUCUCUCUCUCUCACUUCUAACAGCAUCAAUCACAAAUACACCAGCUUUCUUCUUCUUCUUCUUCUCUCUGUCUCUCACUCUCUCCCUCUCUCUCUUAUAACAGCAUCAAUCACAAGAGAGACUCCUUCUCUCUCUCUCUCUCUCUCUCUCUCUCUCUCUCUCUCUCUCUCUUCAGUUCUUGCUAGGCAGGAGUCGGGAGAGAGAAUGAUGAAGAGUUCUUGAAACCCUUCUUUUUUAUUUCUCCGCCCAGCUCCAGGAAAUUUCGAUACAGUUUCUACAUAUUUCAGUUUUCUGUAAGCUUUCUAAUUGACUUGAGAUGGCCGUCGGAGGAGGUGAAACAGUUGCAGAAAUCUACGAAAAUGAAGAGAAUCAGGUUCCAGGAUAUGCAGGGAAGGAGCAAGAACACAACCCUGAAGCAGAGGGUAAAACAGAGUGUUCUGGGACUGUGAUAAAACAAGAAGAGACUGAGGAGCAAUCCUCGCCGAGAGGGGUGUUGGAGGGGCAGAUAUCAGGUUCGGAUUCCGACCACAGCAUUGACAGGACCAGCAGUUUCGGGGGCGAGAAGUCGCCGACGGAGAGACGGGAAUUACUCAAUAAUGGCAACCUGCAGUGGAAGAAACUGUUUGGGCAGGUGAAGAGGACAACAACGUUGAAAUUAUCGACGAUUUCGUUGCUCGUGGGGCACGAUCUGUCGAAGAGGACGUUGAGGAAGAGGUCGGGGAGGAACCGCAGCACGGAUGAGGCUGCCGACUGUGGAGACUUUUUGGCUCCGAAACCAUCUUGGAGGAGUUUUAGCUAUGAGGAGCUCAGACAGGCGACUGAUGAUUUUAGUCCAGAUAAGUUGCUGGGGAAAGGAGGUCAUGCAGCAGUGUACAAAGGGUGCUUAGCAGAUGGGCAGGUUGUCGCUGUGAAGAAGAUAACAAAGAAAAACAAGAACGAGGAAGACAGAGCUUGCGAGUUCUUGUCGGAGCUGGGGAUCAUCGCUCACAUCGACCACCCCAAUGCUGCUAAGCUCAUCGGCUUCAGCGCCGACAAGGGCUUGCACCUCGUCCUCCAGUACUCUCCACACGGAAGCCUCGCCACUAUUUUGCACGGUUCUGAAGAGAGCUUGGGAUGGAAAAUACGAUACAAGGUGGCAAUUGGCGUGGCCGAGGGAUUGCAGUAUCUGCAUCAUGGUUGCCAAAGACGAAUAAUUCACAGAGAUAUAACAGCUUCAAACAUACUGCUCUCUCAAAAUUAUGAAGCUCAGAUAUCAGAUUUUGGACUGGCGAAAUGGCUGCCGGAGAAAUGGGCUCAUGUCGUUGUUUCUCCAAUUGAAGGCACUUUCGGGUACAUGGCUCCAGAGUAUUUCAUGCAUGGGCUGGUUCAUGAGAAGACUGAUGUAUUUGCCUUUGGGGUUCUGCUGCUGGAGCUCAUAACAGGGCGUCGUGCAGUUGACUCCUCCAGACAAAGCCUUGUGAUUUGGGCAAAACCAUUUCUUGAGAAGAAUAGUGUGAGUGAAAUAGCAGAUCCAAAGUUAGGAGAAACUUACAACAUCGUAGAAAUGAAACGUGCCAUGUGCACAGCUGCCGCCUGCAUUCAACACCUGCCCAACAUGCGCCCCAACAUGAAACGGGUUGUUCAAUUACUAAAAGGCGAGAGCGAAGGAGUAGACAUGAGGCACCGGUCGACGGGCGAGAGAGCGUUGCUCUUGGAUUCUUGUGACUUGGACGAAUACACUUCUACUACUUACCUCAAGGACUUAAAUCGCCACAUGGAACUAGUCAUGGAGUAACCUCAUACGUCAUUCCACGACGAUGUGUAUCUUUCUCUAGGUCGACGAUGACGUGAACCGGCUGCGAUAAAGCGGCAGCAUAUGCAAUCCGCGAAAUUAACGUUGGAAGCGUUGUGGUCCGGCAAUGUUGUAGAGAUGGAUCACACUUUUUUAUUUUUCAUUAAUUUCUUAAAGGACUGUUGCUCGCAUAAGAUGAGAGUGGCAACAGAAGACACUUAGUACCAGAAAAUGAACUAUGUAGUGUACAAAAGGAGUAGUUGUUUGGCCACCAAAAAAAGAAAACAAAACAAAACAAAAAAAUAGUAGUAGUCGUUGUUUGUACUGUUUGAGUAGGGGACAAUUAUUGUUCGAAUCGCAGUGGAGUUCUGCGUUUUUGUAAAUAGAUCAAAGCCUCAGGGGAGGUUUCUGUAGCUAUAUCUGUCAGAAAAAAUUAUAAAAUUAUUUGGA